CUUCAGUACGCUUCGAAACGAUCUGUAGUUUUAUCACCAAACAGGAAAGACGUCAAGAAUUCCCGGUCGGAACAAGCCACCGCUUUUCGAGCUCUGACGCAUUCGCUUCACAUUUUCCUCUUCUCUGCUUCCAUCUCGUUCGGCAUCUGUGAAUUUCACAGCUCCGGUAUUGUAUGAAUUGAGCCGGUGAUCAUGGGCGCGGCCAAGGAAGAGUUUCUCAGGGAGUUCGGUCGAGACUACGGCUAUCCCGGCGGUCCAAAAACCAUCGAUGAAAUUCGAGCCACUGAAUUUAAGCGACUAGGUGGUAUGGCCUACUUGGACCAUGCAGGUGCAACUUUGUAUUCCGAGUUACAAAUGGAGUCGAUCUUCAAAGAUCUCACUGCUAAUAUAUAUGGCAAUCCUCAUAGCCAAAGUGAUUCGAGCUUUGCCACUUCUGACAUUGUAAGGAGUGCCCGUCAACAGGUCCUUGACUAUCUCAAAGCAUCUCCGAAAGACUACAAAUGCAUAUUUUCUUCUGGUGCAACAGCAGCACUAAAAUUAGUUGGUGAAGCUUUCCCAUGGAGUCACCAGAGCAGCUUUGUGUACACAAUGGAGAAUCAUAACAGUGUUCUUGGAAUCAGGGAAUAUGCUCUUGAACAAGGCGCUCAAGCCUAUGCUGUAAAUAUUGAAGAAGCAGAACAUGAUACAUUCACAGGAAAUGUUGCAUCAGUGCGAGCAACAAAGCACCAAAUACUAACGAGAAAUGAAGCCAAGUUUCUUGAUAAAGAUCAUACAGGCAGUGCGUAUAACUUGUUUGCCUUCCCUUCAGAGUGCAAUUUCUCUGGUUCGAAAUUUAGCCUUGAAUUGGUGAAGAUUGUUAAAGAAGAUUUGAUUAGAUAUUCUGAUGGCUCACCGUCUUUUAAAGGAUGCUGGAAGGUUUUGAUCGAUGCUGCAAAAGGAUGUGCCACAGAUCCGCCGGAUUUAUCCAAGUGUAAUGCUGAUUUUGUUGUUAUAUCUUUCUAUAAGCUGUUUGGGUAUCCAACUGGACUUGGAGCUCUCAUAGUUCAUACCGAUGCUGCCAAGUUAUUGAAGAGAACAUACUUCAGUGGAGGCACUGUUGCUGCUUCAAUCGCUGACAUUAACUAUGUCAAACGAAGAGAGGGCAUCGAGGAGCUCUUUGAAGAUGGUACAAUCCCAUUCUUGAGCAUAGCCUCUCUAUGCCAUGGGUUCAAAGUUCUAAAUUCUCUAACAAUACCUGCAAUAUCUCGGCAUACUUCAUCACUUGCCACGUACUUGAGGGACAUCCUCGUGGCCCUGCGACAUCCAAAUGGAACGAGCGUAUGCACUAUCUAUGGAAGUCGCUCUUCCAAGACACUAUGUAACGAAAUGGGUCCUGUAGUCUCAUUCAACUUGAGACAACCAGAUGGAUCUUGGGUUGGACAUCGUGAAGUGGAAAAACUGGCCUCUUUGUCUGGGAUUCAGUUAAGGACAGGAUGUUUUUGCAAUCCUGGUGCAUGUGCAAAAUAUCUUGGUCUAUCUCAUUCGGAUCUUGCUACAAAUAUUGCGGCAGGUCAUGUCUGCUGGGAUGAUUGUGAUAUAAUUAAUGGAAAACCAACCGGUGCUGUGAGAGUAUCCUUGGGAUACAUGUCAACUUAUGAAGAUAUCAAGAAAUUCAUUGAUUUUGUGUCAACUUCCUUUGUCUCAACACGAACUCACGCUAGUGAUGGAUCACAAUUUUGUGGAAGGUCAAUCCAUUUCGCAGACAUAGGUUUUGAGAACAGAUAUUCAGCUUCUCGAUUUCACUUGAAGUCUAUUACUGUCUAUCCAAUCAAAUCAUGUGCAGGGUUCAGCAUGGAUAGAUGGCCGUUAAGCAGUGGAGGGCUUCUUCAUGAUCGGGAGUGGCUACUUCAAAGCUUGACGGGGGAAACUCUUACACAGAAGAAGGUUCCUGAAAUGUCACUUCUACGUACUUAUAUUGACCUCAGUCAGGGUAUAUUGUAUAUUGAAUCCCCACGUUGCAAAGGGAGACUGCAGAUUACCCUAAAUUCAAGUCCUUGCAAUGACAAGAGAGAACAAAUAAGUUGGCAUGGUCAGAUAUAUCAAGUUCAGGGUUACAACAAGGAAGUUGAUACUUGGUUUAGUACAGCCAUUGGUCGGCCAUGUACUUUGUUGCGCCAUAUGAGUUCUAGUCAUUGUGUCAGCUCGUGUGAGAGAGAUGGCAUUGGUACCUGUAGAGAAUCACGAAGUCGCCUGAAUUUUCCCAAUGAAGCCCAAUUCUUGCUGAUAUCUGAGGAGAGUGUAUCAGACCUCAAUAACAGAUUGAAUUCCACAGAUGCUGGAAAGGACGUUCGUAGAACAUCAAUUCAAAUUAAUCCUAUGAGGUUCCGGCCAAAUCUUGUUAUAUCUGGAGGCAGACCUUAUGCUGAAGAUGAGUGGAGAAAUAUCAAAAUUGGCAACAAAUACUUCAGAUCGUUAGGUGGAUGCAACCGUUGCCAGAUGAUCAAUUUUGUUAUUGAUGCUGAACAAGUCCAGAAGACAAACGAACCUUUAGCUACUUUAGCAUCAUACCGUAGGGUGAAGCAGGGGAAAAUCUUGUUUGGGGUACUGCUGAGAUAUGAAAGUGAGGCUGGAGAAGGGAAGACCGAUGACUUAUGGCUUCAGGUUGGAGAAAGUAUAAUCCCAGAAUAGCUUCUUGACAUAUAUACUGACUCGGUAAAGUAUUAAAAUAGGGAAGUCAUUAUCUCCCUUCCUUACCCGCCCUCAAGAUUAGUUUUAAGAUAAAGUAGUUAGUUAAUUCAGGUGUAAAGUAAAGAAAUAAUGAUAGACUAAAAGUAAAAAAUGUAUUUAUUUGAGAUAGGAACUCACAGGUUUAGGAUUAAAAAAGAGGGACCAAUUUGAUGGUCAUAAAAGAUGGACAUUAUUCUAUACACACAAAGAUAUUCAACAAGAUGGAGAUCUGUUGAAUUUAUAGUCAAAAGGGAUAGAUAAGGGAAUCGGGGAGAAAAGCUCCUCGUCGAUUUCUUUUGGAGGAAGAUGGCCUGCCAUGCUUUUCUUCCAUCAUGAAUUCCGACUCUCUAGCUACAAUAAUAAGGAUGGCGAUGGAAACCUUUUUUUUUUCCCUCUCGAUUGAUGUAUUGAUCACUAUCUUAUAUUAUAUGUAUUAUUAAAUAUUUGAAGUCAAAAGAUGUUAAAAGGAUUACUGAUAUUUGUUAUUA